AUGGCUAAUAAUCCACAGCGUAUCUCAAUUCGCAUCAGAGAUGCUUAUUCUCGCACUUUUCAAGGCUAUAGACUGCUCAUUCGGCUUGCACCCAAUAAUGUCGAUACUGUAAACCGCUAUCUCAAAGCGUUUGACGGUGGUUCUAGAGAUAUGCCCUUGGAUAUCGAUGAUAUUGACUACGAUGGAAAAGAAGAGGAUACCAGAGGUGAUAGUGAUAUUUUACUGUUAACGUGUGGGCACAACUUCUGUGCACACUGUAUAAUUCGGCACCUAAAAACUCACCAGGAGAAGCCGCCUCAUUCUGCUCGUGGUGUUGGUUCACCCGCUGGAUGCCCUCUCUGCACCUCCCGCAUCAGGAGUCCACCAUCUUAUAAUCUUUUCGUCAGAGAUGUCAUCAGAAAAUGGGCGGAGGAUAUAGGGUUCAGACCUAAGACUAGUCCAGCGGUUAAAGUUGAUGGAAGGAGAGCGUCUAAGAUAGUGAAGCUAUUUUUUGCGUUAAAAUGA